CACGCGCCUUGCCAGUUCUAUUUUGGCGCACGUCAGGGAGGGUGUGUGAGAGGCGCCCGGCCAGCCAUCUUGUGUUGCUGACCACGAGAACUGACACACACACACAGCAGGAUGACGGCUCCGUCUUGUGCUGUGUGUGGGAGCCCGGCCAGCCAGCGCUGUGCCAAGUGCCACCUCACAGCAUACUGCAGCAAAGACCACCAGAGACAGCACUGGAAGACCCACCGCUCGCUGUGUAGUCCUUACAGGGUGUGCCAGUCAGAGGAACUAGGACGGUACCUGGAGGCGUCCCGAGACAUCCUACCUGGGGAAUUGAUUCUCAAGGACUCCCCGCUAGUCUUAGGUCCGCGUCAGGUGACAGUGCCAGUGUGUUUAGGUUGCUUCACGCCCGUCAAUGGCUCUUACUCUUGCACUCUCUGUGGCUGGCCCUUGUGUGGUCCUGAGUGCCAGAAGGUCGUCCUCCACUAUCCCGAGUGUCAGCUGUCGAGGAAUAGGCCAGUUAAGGUUCAGGUGCAGAAAUUCAUGCAGGUGAAUCAGAUGUACGAGUGUAUUACGCCUCUCCGCUGCCUCUGGCUGAAGGAGCAGGACCCCGCCAAGUGGUCAACACUCACCCAGAUGGAAUCCCACCUGCAGGAGCGAGUCAACACCGACGUGUAUGAAGUCAUCCAAGCUAACGUCGUCGACUUCUCGAAGCAGUACCUGAAGGUGACGUCAUACACACCAGAGGAGAUACAGACAGUGUGUGGCAUCAUCGAGGUGAACGGCUUUGAAAUUCCAGGACCAAAUGCUAUUGGUGUUUACGGCAAGGCGUGUCUCCUGGAGCACGCCUGUAUCCCCAACACUACAAGGACCUUCGACUCCCAGCUGAACAUCAUCGUGAGGGCGGCGGUGAAAAUCCCGAAGGGCAGCCACAUCUCUACCUCGUACACCGACCCGAUGUGGGGGACGGCGAACAGACAGUUGCACCUGAAGACGAGUAAAUAUUUCAAGUGUACCUGCGGCAGGUGUCAAGACCCAACUGAACUGGGUACACACCUGAGCAGCCUCCGUUGCGGCCAGUGUCCCUCAGGGCUGGUGCUGCCCUCACCCUCGCCCCUCACACCUGAGGUCUGGCUCUGUAACUCCUGCUCAGCAAGUCUCGACGUAGAGCGAGUAGAGGAGUUCUUGAAGCAGACGGGAGAGAAACUCGUCAGUCUUAAGGAAGGUUCUCUCGCUGCCUCCGAGUCAUUCCUGAAGGCGACGUGCUCGAAAUUAAGUGAGAACCACUACUACAGGAGCGACGUGAAGCUGGCCAUGGCGCAGAUGUAUGGUCGGGGCGGUGGGGAGCAUCACCAGGGCGACCUUCAGGAGCUCUCUAAGGACCAGUUAGAGAGGAAGGGGUCUCUCUCUCGUGAGGUCCUCGCCCUUGCUGAUAUAUUUAGCCCGGGAGAGACGAGGCUGCGAGGACUACUGAAAUACGAGCUCCAGGCAGCCUGUAGAGAAAAGUACCGCCGACUGCCUAAGAAACUGAAGUCCUCCCCACAGGCUAAGGCACUUCUUCAGGAGUGCGUGGAGUGCUUGCAGGAGGCGAGCACCAUCCUGUUACGUGAGUCACCCCUGCAAGACGAGUACCAGCUGGCCUUACAAGCCGAGGCGGAUCUGGGUGACUUGACGGCCCUCCUAGCCAAGUUCCGCUGACCCGUGCUAAGGGCUGAAGAACUGUGAGGGAGUGUCAGUUAAGGAAGAAAGGGAAGAAAAGCGAAUAUAAACAAAAAUAAAGGACUUAUUAGAGGAGGAAGAUGUUUAUAGUAACUAAGAUUAUACCCUGUCCACACUAACCUGGCCUGUAAGCCCCGCCCCUCGUCUAUAGCUACAAAUGGCUGAGUGGUCCCCCUGAGCGUUUUACCUCCCCCGACUGCGCGUUUAUAUCGACCUUUUGUAAUAAAUAUUUAAAACGUUCUAACAUGCUCUCUGAAGUGCUAAUGCCUUGAAAUCAUUUGCAUUUUAAUAAUCCCAACAUUUAACAUCAUUUGUAGAUAAUAACAAGUCUGCUUAUUAAUUGUCAUCACAUUUAGUUUGGAUUUUGUAUGAAUGAAUCAGCUAUUAGUAGAGAAGAGGGGCGUGGCUUAUGGGCCAAGUUAUCAUGCAAAUAAUAUAGUUAAAGCAUCCCAAUUGUGUUAUGAAGACAAGUUAUUACCUAAACUAUGAACCCUGAAACUCAUUUUGCACGAUAAACGAACUUAAGAGUUAUUUAAAAUGAGCUUAUAUGUCGGGGAAAUUUUUCUAUUGUUUCUAUGUAAUGAUGGAGAAGGUGGAGUUGUUGAAUGCGCUCAUAAUAUUUUAGGAGGAUUCUGAGAGAUACAAGUAACGAGACGCUGGGUACUCGGGUCUAUACGUUAGGACUGGUCUUGACUGGACUGGAAAAUUAUUCACACUUGGCGCUCACUUGGAGAAUCAUUUCUUAACAGGCGUUUGUAAAAGUAAGCAAAACGCUAAUGUAUUAAAUUCGACCGUGAUAUUGUUUUAUAUAAUUUCAUAUUUCGUUUCCAGGUGAAUAUAAAGACCUCAGGAAAAUAUAUAUACAGACAGUAUAAUAUUAUUACCGUAUACAGUAUAUCAAUUGCGGUUAAAACCAUAUUUAAAAUAUUAGGAUGCUGCUUAUAUAAUUUUUUUAUAUCAGUUUAAAGUUUGUACAAAUUAGUAUACAAGAAACUACAGGAGUAAAAAUUGUACAUCAGUUUAUGCUAAUUUGUUGUUGAUAUUGUCUGUUUAACCUAACUUAACCCAACAUAUUAUUGUCCACAUUUGUAAAAUAAAGAUGUUUUAACGAG